CUACUAUUAACAAUGGCAACAGGAAGAACCCUUUUGUUACUCUUCACUUCCGUCCUCCUCCUGGUCACCCUCUUCCGCUUUUCAGCUCCCUCUCAUCGUUCACCGGCGAUUCAUUUCGAUGGUUUUGAAAGAGUUCUGUCAUGGCUUCAAGGUAAGACUGAUAACAAUUUUGAAGUUCUGCAAAUAGCUGAAGAUCAACCAAAAAGCAAGACUAGUGUAUCUUCCAUUGGCAGUGAUGUUUCGCGUUCAAUUGUUAAUGAAAUGGACUCCGAUCAAGUUUUUCAAACUUCUGAGGUGCUAUCAGGAAUUGAAUCAGAAUCAAAUCAUACGGAAACAUCUGUAUACUCAGAUCAAAUAUUGACUCAUCAAGAAGCAAACAGUAUUAUUCUUGAAGUUGGCAACAAAAACAAGGCACCAGGAGUCCAAGUAAUGGAAGUUCUUGAAGAAGUAGAUACUGAGCAAGAUGAUCAUGGCGUGUAUCUCUCUCCCUUUGUCAGUAAUGUUUCGCAUACGAAUUUUGAUGGAAUUAGGCCUUGCAAAGAAAAAAGUGUUAACAAAAUGGACUCGGAUCAAGAUUUUCAAUCUUCAGAGGUGCUACCAGGAAUUGAUUCAGAAUCAAAUCAUAAAGAAACAUCUGUCUACUUAGGUCAAGCAUCGACUCAUCAAGAACUGAACAGCAUGAUUCUUGAAGUUGUCAACAAAAGCAAGGCUCCAGCAAUUGAAGAAAUGGAACAAGUUCUUGUCGAAGCAGAUUCCAAGCAAGAUGCAAUGCAAGAAAUGGAACGAGUUGUUAAAGUUCUUGAAAAAGCAGACUCCAAGAAAGAUGAUCAUGGCGCGUAUCUCUCUCCCAUCGAUGAAAAUUAUACUAUUGCCACUCUCAAUGAAAAUUCUAAUCAAUAUUUUGUCAGUGUUGAGAAAGCAAACUCUGAUAGCGAUUUGGAUGAUAUACUAUUGAGCAAGGAAAACUUCAGCAACUUUGUAUCAGAGAAUAAAUAUGUUGCUGUGCAAUUCUACAUGCCAUGGGCUUAUCGGAACGAGCUUCAGGCUUUAGACUAUGCAGAAGCUGCAACUAUUCUAGAAGGCAAAGUGGUGUUUGCUAAAGUUGAUGCUAUAGUUGAAAGAGAGUUGGCUAUGAAGUAUAAAUUUGUGGGGAUUUCCACGCUGUCUUUCUUCAUUGAUGGAGUUCACUCGUAUACUUAUCGCCAUUGCUGCAAUCGGGAUAAUGUCGUGUCUUUGUUAAAGGAGAAGAUGAAAGGUGGCGUUCGGAGUGUUAUUAGACCAUCGAAGGCAUGGAAUAUAUUGAAGAGUGAUUCUAUGAUUGUUCUGGCAUUUCUUGACUCUUUAGAGGCACCAGAAAGUAAGGAAUUUGCUGCUGCCUCAGACUUGGAAAAAGAUGUCAUCUUCUACCAAACUGAUAGAAGAUAUAUUCUGACACUACUUGGCCUUGAUUCACAAGUCCAAGGCCCUGCAUUGUUCAUGCUGCGCAAAGAUGCCAAGAUAUUCAUCAAAUUUGAUGGUCCAUUCAAUAAAUGGGCAAUAGCUGAGUUUGUAUCCAAGAACAAGUUUCCUUUGGUCACCACUUUCAAUGCCCAUAAUGCUCUGAUGAUUCUUAGGAAUCCUAUUAAACAGGCAAGAUAUUACAUUCAUAAUUGCUGUUAA